CUGGAGACGUGUCAGCACUUCAGAGCUGGUCUCCCACUGUCGGCCUGCAGCAUGGUGUAGCGAUGGAGAGCUCAUCAAGCCCUCCGCACAGCUCUCAGAAACAUCCUGAGGAGGCUGCACGCAAGAGGGAGCUCCGUAUGAAAAAGAACAGGGAAGCUGCCCGGGCGUUUAGGCGGAAGAAGAAAGAGUGGAUAAGAUUGAUGGAGAAUCGUGUCGCUGUGCUAGAAAAUCAAAACAAGAAUCUACUCGAAGAAAUCACAGCCUUGAAAAAAGCUAAGUGUAUUAGAAGUGCUGUGUAAUGCAGGAGGAUGAACUGUUUUAGUUUUGUUUAACUUUGAUGCUUUAAAGUCUCCUAAUAACUGCCAUGAUAAGUCUUAGAAAGCUUGUGAAAGUGGUGAUUGAAAACAUGUAGUGAUGUAGUAACAGUUAUGUGACAUUAUAGAAUAAUAAAAAAAAGUAUUCCAAUUAGCACGUACUGCCAUAACAAUUGUUUUGAUGUUCUGUAAA